AUGCCGCUGGAGCGGGUGCUUGCUGAGAUUUUAACGGAUUCGGCUGCGCCUCCAGCAUUGAAGACAUUCUUGGAAGCUGAAGGAUUGACCACUUGUGCCCUCUUUUUCGAUUGUGUCAAGGACAUUGAUGAUUUGGAGGCCAAAGUAGCAGCUCGGCUCCAACCUCCCGCAACCAGCCUCCGUGACUCAUCGGUCAUUCGAACGGUCUGGCGCCGGGCUCGGGUGGAGGCUGAGAAGGCAUUGACGGGGUCAGUGGAUGCUCCGGAAGAUUGGGAGAUCCCAUUAAACCCAACCACCAAAAAUGCCUUGACUGCAAAAAGUUCAGCCGCUUACGGCACAACUUUUCGUGCCCGAAAAAUGCCAUGUGAUUCCCUUCUCGGGCGCAUCUACAGAGAGCGGGAAAAGCAGAGCUUGACAGCGUUUCCUUUGGCAAGGGUGCGUAGUCAGAGCCUUGGCAAUGGGGUGUUCCUGGAGCAUGGUGUGGCCAAAGGCAUUGAUUUGAGCACUACGCCAUAUGGCUAUUGGUUGUCCCUGUCGGUUCUCUUGAACACCUAUGUCUUGGUGGGUGUGGAUGGCUGGUGCCCCAAACAAGUGGCGGAUGAUUAUUUGGAGCUGGUGGAGGAGAAGCUUUUUCAUCCCCGCUCUCCUGGCUUGACAGCGGUGGCGGAAGUGGAGAUGCAACACCGGCUUCGAUGGGUCGAAUUGACGAGAGGGCCCGAAGGGUUGACUUUGGGUGAGGCUAUCAAGGCCAGCAUGUCGGCUUUGGCUGGAGCUUGGCAGUAUGGUCCAGAGAUGCCCGGGCAAAAGCGAAGGAGAGCAUUGGAACCAGACAGGGAUUACAUCAUUCAGGAGGCCAAAGGAGGGGUGGCUUUGUGCCACAGCUGGAACCUGGGCAAAUGCAAGGCGUGUGAACCACACGAAGCCCAAGCAAACCUGAGAUGGAGCUGCUUCGGCGACGGGGUCCAUGACAUGGCACGCUUUAGUGACAAGGCUGGCGAUGUGUCAGCUUUUGAGUGGCGUGGCCUUGGCUUGGAGCCUUUGAACUGUGUCAAUUCUGGCAUGCAGCUGAGUGAUCAGAUCUAUCCAGCUGACCCUGUUCGUCGCUUGGGCGAUCAGCCAGCUGAGUUUUUGGGCAUGGCAGCUUCACACCGUUUUCAACCUUCUCGCCGAAGGACUUUUGCAGCUACAUCACUUACUGCUUCAACUGGUUUGCAACCGACUGGAAGGGCUUUACCGCCUCUGGUGCCCACUGGCCUUGCACCUGACCAGCAUUGGCAACGGGCUUGUUUUGGUACUGAGCACCCAUUGGCCCAGCUUCCAAACCUGCCGCCCAAACUGUUGCAAGCUGCAGAGCAUUUGGAGAGCCUUGGUGGGGGCAUUGUGAGUUGGCGCAAGGAGCAAAUGAAGCGCAUACGCCACUUGGCAGAAUCACUUCAGCCUGUGCAAGCGCAGUGGCAGCAGGGCUUGCACCCGCAGGUGCGCCGGAUCAUUGGGAAGUGGCAUCUGCCGCUUCUCCACAUCCUUGCAAAAGAAGCUGGCUCGGAGGAUCUGUUUUUCAAUUUGGAUUACAGUGCCGGGGUGCGCUGUGUGGGCCGUGCAGCACACUCAUUUGUGAUGCCCUUGAAGUUCACCCGGCCGACUCUCUCAGUUGAGGCUCUUCUGAGCCAGGCCAAGUUCGGCGAUGCAGAGUUGGACCGGGCCAGUCUGCAGAAGACACAGAAUGAGUUGGAUUCCAAGGUCAUGUUGGGGCCAUGGGAAGCGUCCGACCUUCCAUCGUGGGUGGCAGUGGUCUCGCGGCGUUUUCCUAUCUGGGAGCACCAUGGGUCUGCAGGCCGCCGGAAGUGCCGGAACAUUGACGAGAUGUCAGAGAGCUUGGUCAACGCCACAGUGGAAGACUACGAAACCUAUGUGCCCCGCGGCAUUGAGCACAUUUUGGCACUCAUUCGGCACUUGCAGGUCCGUUUUGGCCUUGGUGUGCAGCUAGAGGGCUUCACUGCAGAUUUCAAAGCGGCCUACCGACAGGUGGCGGUGUCACCGUCCCAGUACAAGUUUCAGGGAGUGGCAUGGUGGGAUUGCUUGCGAGCCACAGUGAUGAUUGGUGUCCUCACAGCGCUGCCUUUUGGAGCUCGUAGAGCGCCAGCCAAUUGGGGUCGUUUGGUGCUUUUGCUCAUGACAAUUGCUUGGCACCAUUUCAGCCUGCUGGUCUUGGACUAUGUGGACGACGUGAAUGGUGUUGAGCCGCAUUUUUCUGCAGAGAGUGCGCGGCAAACCUGGGUGGAGCUAGUCAGCUUGCUAGGCCUGACGCUGGACAUGGACAAGUGCAGCUCAUCAGCUUCAACAUGCUUCGAUUCUUUGGGUGUCUCCUGGGCGCUCAGCAGCCCGCACGCUUUGGUGCAGAUCUUGCCCAGCCGAUUAGCUGGCCUUCAGGAUGACAUUCAGGCAAUUAUCGCUGCUAAUUGGCUGCGCCCUGGGCAUGCAGCCCGCCUGCGAGGCAAGCUUGGUUUUGCGCUGGUGGCAGCCUUUGGUCGCUUUGGUCGUGCUCAGUUGUCGGCCAUCAAGCGACGGCAGUAUGCAUCGGGCGGCAAGAAUUUUCAAUUGUCGGCGGUGCUGCGGGCUCAGUUGGAGUGGUGGUUGGUGCAUUUGCGCUCCCUUCCUGGUCGCGGGGUGCCCCGCUCGCCAGCUGAGAAAUUCUUGGUAGCUUAUUCAGAUGGAGAAGGCAGUGGGAAAGUGGCGGUAUGUCUGACCUUUUUGGAUCGAAGCACGGAGUUUUGUUGUGCAGAGGUCCCGCACUCCAUCCAGCAGCGGUGGGGUGGGGUCAACAACAUUCACCGCAUCGAAGCUGUGGGGCCACCAAUUUGCUUCCUGACAUGGCCUGAAAAAUUACGAGGGCAGCUCUUGCUGUUUUUCAUUGACAACCAAUCUGCCUUAGGCAGCAUGGUUGGAGGCUGGUCGCAUGAGGAGGUACUGAAUGACAUCACUGCCUUGUCCUGGUCCCUUGCGGCCAGUUUGCAGCAAGCGACAGCUUCUACACGAAAGGCUGCUGAAUGGGAUGAGACCGAUGAGCACAGCAAAACCAUAGGCCCAUAGGCGUUCGCCAGGGGAUCAGCUGCCCUUGGCAGGAGAAAAGUUGAAUUGGUGGACAUCUUGACAUGGGGUUGUCUCAAAAUGUUCGUCCCCAGACUACCAUUGGGACCAUGGUUCAUAAUCCUUAUUCCAAUGGAAAUACGCACGUUGGGGAAUUUUAGAGACAAUCCCACGAGUUGAGGCACGGUUUUGUCAAUCGAUUGACCUGCAAAAAAACACUGCUGAGUCUCAACACUCGACAGGUAAACAAAAAUAAGUGCGAGGCAUGUUUGGCAGAAGAAGUGUGCUUUAGACCUUUUGGGAGGCCACGGGGUUCCAAUAUCCCAUCAAUGGCUUUCCCUGCCAGUCUUGAAUUUAGUGCCUGCGACUCAGCUGUCUAGUCCAGUGCAAUGUAUAAUGAAACAUCCAGAGUUUGUGGGGAACUAGCCUCAAGAAAGUAUUUUCAUGUAUCUUCAGCAGUUUACACAUCCAUUGAGCUGCAGAUGCAAAUGCACACAGACACGCGCACACAUAUUAUUUCGGAGUGUCUCUAUCACUCUCUGUCACUCUUUCUCCCUCCCUCCCAGUGUAAGGUGUCAAAAGCGGAUUUCGCAUUCACCAGCAGAAUCUAAAAUCCAAAUACGAUCAUGUUACAGUCGUGUUGCCGAAGCUGCCAGAUAAGAACUAUUCUGCUAAAGAUCAGCGUGCGCGUUGGGUUUGUUUCCAAAUUCCAAAUCUAUGGGCGAAGAAAGGUGGAACUUGCAACCCAACUGC